AUGACUUUGACUGCAUGGGAUACAUUGCCUAUUUCAACGGUGGAUGUGAAUAAUUUACUAAAUACUGAUUUUAACAUGUAUACGACCGAACCAUUGUUACCAGAGGAAUGGGUGAAAUUUCAGCGAAUCCUAGUUGGUAAUUGGACUGAUGAGAAACCAUAUGAAGUGAAAUCACGUGAAUUGUGCCCAGAAAAGCAGAAUAAUACACAGCGUGCACCAUUAUCAAUAGCGAAUGUCAACCACAAAUUGUCAUCGGCCGGUUUAAGUAGAAAUGGAGUUCACUACCAACGCCUAAAUAGUCAAUGUAUUUCUUUAAAUAAUCCGCAAAAUAAUCGUCGUAAUACACAGAGUAUAUGGAAAUUCGGAAAUAAAGCUUUACACAAGAGCUUAGUAUGGCAAAAUACUAUUCAUGUUGGUUGUGGUAUUACAAAUUGUACUGGAAAUUAUGGAUUUCCAUAUGGAUUAUCAGUUGUUUGUAAUUAUGGCCCAGGAGGAAACUAUGAAGGUCGUUAUCCUUACGAAGCAAAAUCACAGGAUGAGUGUUAUUCUGUAACUACAAAACGUCCUAAACCUACUAGACGUCCAGUUACUACUAAACGUCCUAAAACUACUAGACGUCCUAAAACUACUAGACCUCCAAUUACUACUAAACGUCCUAAAACUACUAGACGUCCUGAAACCAUACCAACUCGUAAACCAGGCAUAUCAAAACAAAUACCAAAACCAAACUGGCCUACACUCAUCAGUUCAUGGAGUGGAUUUGCCAAUUCAAAUAUGCUACAUGGAAUAAUAACAAAAACAUGUAUUUGUAUUCAGUGA